AGGGGCCCGGGGCUCGGAGGAUUAAUCCUUCUUGGGCUUCUAAAGAAAAUGGCAGAGACAUCAUCAGAGCCUCCUGGGCAGCUUGUUGUACAUUCAGACACCCACAGUGACACUGUCCUGGCCAGUUUUGAGAAUCAGAGGAAGAAAGGCUUUCUGUGUGACAUUACUUUAAUCGUGGAGAAUGUGCAUUUCCGGGCCCAUAAAGCUUUGCUUGCUGCUAGUAGUGAAUACUUCUCAAUGAUGUUUGCUGAAGAGGGGGAGAUCGGCCAGUCCAUUUAUAUGCUGGAAGGCAUGGUUGCUGACACAUUUGGCAUCCUGCUGGAAUUUAUCUACACAGGUUGUCUCCAGGCCAGUGAGAAAAGUACAGAACAAAUCCUGGCCACUGCCCAAUUCUUAAAAGUCUAUGACCUGGUAAAGGCUUAUACAGACUUUCAGAAUAAUCAUAGCUCCCCAAAGCCAACGACUCUGAACACCGCUGGUGCUCCAGUGGUUGUUAUUUCUAAUAAGAAAAAUGAUCCCCCAAAGCGGAAACGGGGAAGACCCAGGAAAGUCAGUGGUUUACAGGAGGGGAAAUCAGAACUGACUGCAGAAGAGGAAACACAGCUCAGAGUGAACAACUCAGUUCAGAAUAGACAAAACUUUGUGGUUAAAGAAGGAGACAGUGGUGUACUGAAUGAGCAGGUUCCAGCAAAAGAACUGGAAGAGUCUGAGCCUGUUUGUGAGCCAGGUAGAGGGGAGGGAGUGCCGGCUGAAAAAGAUGAGAACUGUGAUCCCCAGACCCUUGACGGGCAGGACAGCCAGAGCCGGUGCAGCAAGCGGAGGAUUCGGAGAUCUGUCAAACUUAAAGAUUACAAACUUGUUGGGGAUGAAGAUGACCAGGGUUCAGCCAAGAGGGUCUGUGGAAGGAGGAAGCGCCCCGGUGGCCCUGAGGCCCGUUGUAAAGACUGUGGCAAAGUGUUUAAGUACAAUCACUUUUUAGCAAUCCACCAGAGGAGCCACACAGGGGAGCGACCUUUCAAAUGUAAUGAAUGUGGAAAAGGCUUUGCCCAGAAGCAUUCCCUGCAAGUCCAUACCCGGAUGCACACAGGCGAGCGGCCGUACACCUGCACCGUGUGCAGCAAGGCUCUCACCACCAAGCACUCGCUGCUGGAGCACAUGAGCCUGCACUCAGGACAGAAGUCUUUUACUUGUGAUCAGUGUGGAAAAUAUUUCAGCCAGAAAAGACAACUAAAGAGCCAUUACCGAGUUCAUACAGGCCACUCAUUACCGGAAUGCAACCACUGCCGCCGCAAAUUCAUGGAUGUGUCUCAGCUAAAGAAACACCUACGAACACACACGGGUGAGAAGCCAUUUACUUGUGAAAUUUGCGGCAAAUCGUUCACAGCAAAGAGUUCUCUUCAGACCCACAUCAGAAUCCAUCGAGGAGAAAAGCCAUAUUCCUGUGCUGUAUGUGGCAAAUCCUUCUCUGACUCGAGUGCCAAGAGGAGACACUGCAUUCUACACACGGGCAAAAAGCCUUUCUCCUGCCCUGAGUGUAACUUACAGUUUGCUCGCUUAGACAACUUGAAGGCUCACUUGAAAAUCCAUAGCAAAGAGAAGCAGGCGUCCGAUGCCAGCAGCGUUUCCGGCAAUAAUAAUACUGAGGAUGUCAGGAAUAUUCUUCAGCUGCAGCCCUAUCAACUCUCUACCUCCGGAGAGCAGGAAAUUCAGCUUCUUGUAACGGAUUCUGUACAUAACAUCAAUUUCAUGCCUGGUCCUAGCCAAGGAAUCAGCAUUGUCACUGCGGAGAGUUCCCAGAGCAUGACCGCAGACCAGGCUGCUAAUCUCACCCUGCUCACGCAGCCGCCCGAGCAGCUGCAGAAUUUAAUUCUUUCAGCUCAGCAGGAGCAAACAGAGCACCUUCAGAGCCUCAAUAUGAUUGAGAGCCAGAUGGAACCCUCACAGACCGAGCCCGUGCACGUAAUCACACUGUCCAAGGAAACUUUGGCACAUCUUCACGCCCAUCAGGAGCAAACAGAGGAGCUCCAUUUAGCGAGCGCUUCAGAUCCGGCUCAGCACCUGCAGCUGCCGCAGGCGCCUGCUCCGCCGCCACCCGCCCACCGCGUGCCCCAGCCCACACCGCUUAGCCAGGAGCAGAGCUGACCUGAAAACGCACUCGACUGCUCCGUUGGUCUCCUCUCCGCAAGCCCGCAGUGACUGGAUUAUGUGCCUGAAGUCAGGCCUUUUGCAGCGCUCACUUACAGGUCUUACAGACCUUAGCUGAGCUGAGCUGGAGCUAUAAUGCUUCCCAUCCAGGAAGCAAGAUGUGUCAUGUCUUACAUCUAAUGCUGAUUUGGAUCUGGCAUUUCACUGUUGACGAAUGGUUUGCAUUUUCAUGUACUAUGUCUCUUACAGACUUGGGUAACUUUUCUUUGGGGAAACUGAAUUAGACUCUCCUGUGAGUAUUAAAUGUUCACAACCAGAGGUUAUGGUCUUGCUGACCUUUCCAGUUAUCUUUUUUAUUUUUUAGAACAAAGGAAGUCAUGUGUUGAAUUGGGUAGAAUGGUUGGGUCCCCUCCUUAUUUCUCUUAGGUGACACAGUUGUCACUACAAGACAAGUCGGGGAUAAAUAUGGCAGAUUACAACUUGGGGAACUGUUCUUCUAACAAUUUCCAAUCCCCUAAGACAUGGUAACUUCUCAAUAUUUAAUCUUCGUGUGGUGCAGUGGGCUUAUCAUGUCACAUUUAAGAUAGAUUGAAAGGCAUAUAAUCUAAAUGUCUGUUUUAACUCAAAAUUCACAUAACAAGAAAACCAAAAGGAUAGGAUUAUUUUUUAAAUUCUGAAUUCAAUUUUUCUGAGAUACAUAGCUUUACAUGUGUUUUAAAAGCAGGUUGUUGAAAAUUUAAAAGUCUAAUUAAAGUACAAAAUUAGAUCAAGAUAUUCACCCCAAAUAAAUUCUGACUUUUUGUCAGCAUUGAUGUUUGAUCUUCAUGGUGAAGUUAAAGCUUUCUUAAUUAUCCUGGAAUAUAAAAUUCAGUGUAAUUUGUGUUAAAUAUACUCUGGAUAAUACUGGAAUCUAAUUGAUCUCUCAAAAUGUUCUGUAUAUUGUGUCUAAUAACGUUCUAGAUAGGAACUUACUAUAAUCUAUUUUUAUUGCAAAGAAGAUUAAAUCUCACAAAAUAGACACAUCAUUUAAAAAAGAAAAUUCUCAUCUUAAAAAUCAUCUUGAGCCUCCAAGAGUUAGGAGCCAGCGUGUCUGUAAUUGUGUGAUUUUAAAUAACCAUCAGAAGAUUAAAUUAUAUUUGGGUUAAAUU